AUCAAACUAGUCCAAUCUAUUUGUCACUAAAAGAAAUUUUAUCUUUGGGUCAAAUUCCAUAAUUAUAAUUUUGCUUUUGUUUCAUUUUUUUUUUCUUUUCUUUUUUUCUAUAACAGAUGUGAUAAUAGUGAAAAUACUUAACAACUGAGACAAACUUCUUGAUAAAGAUACAACAACAGAACAUAAUUUUAUGUUGUUGUACUCAUGAAUAAACGAUUUGAAUACAGUAAUAGUACUUGUCCUUCUUUCUUCACUUGAUAAUAAAUGGUAAAACAUGAUAUACAUGGCAUUUUCAAAAUUAACCGGUGCUGGGUCUGAGUGUGGAUCUGAUAAUGGCUUAACCCAUUUAAUGAAGCAAUUGAGACAAGAUCGAAGUUUACAACAAGAUCGUUAUCAUCCGCAAGGUGAAAGUUCCAAGUCAGUAUCUACAUUUCGAAGUAAAUCAAACCAAAGUCCUGUAUUUGCUGCAGAUAAUUUGGCAGAUGAAUUUUUUCAGCAUAACGAACAAAAAAAUAGAAGCAACACAUCAAGUCCUUUCGAAGCACAUAUACCUCCCGACACUUCAUCAGUUGUAAAGGAGGAUUGGGUACGUGAUUUUUCUAAUCACAGUCAAUCUUCAUCUCCUGGCUAUAGAUUUAAAGAAUUUGAACAUAUUUAUCAAAGACAUACACCUAUAAGGUCUCCUGUUCCUCAAAGCCCAACAAUUUGGACUGAAGAGUUUUCUAAUUUCCAACAAAUUCCCUCACCUGAUGUAUCAGAAGAAGAACAACUAGCUUUUGAACGUGUAUUUGAAGAAAUGAAUGACUCUACACAAAUGGAUAGGGAUUGGGACAAAGAAUUUGCAGAUCAUGAAACAUGGGAAGCACAGCAUCGUAUACAACAACAACAACCGCAGCCACAAGCCUUACGUACAACACCGGUUAGGUCAUCAUCAGAGUUAUUGGAUGCCAAGGACUGGACAAAGGAAUUUAGUCAAUAUCAUGAUUUGACUGCACAAGGGAAAGCAGCUCUCACAAAAAGUUUAGAGAAUGAAGAGGAAUGGAUUAAAAACUAUAAGCAAAGUAUCGAUAGUAAAGCAACAGAACUUGAACAAAAGGAAUAUGAUCGUUUACAGCCGGACGGUAAACCUUAUGGUUAUCGUGCCAUUCAUCCUGAAUAUGAGGUAUACCAUUAUAUGGCUGAUAAUCCUUAUUUAUCCUAUCCUGAAGCUAUCAAUGCCGUUCAUACAACCUUGGCGGAUACGAUUAUGGCAUUAGAAGCAAAGGCACAAUUAGCACCAGAAGAUGCAAAGACAUGGGAACAACUUGGAUUGAAGCAACAAGAGAAUGAACGUGAUGCUGCUGCCAUUACAGCACUAGAAAAGGCGGUUGCAAUUGAUCCAAAUUGUAUUGAUGCAUGGCUCGCCUUAGCUGUUAGCUAUACCAACGAGCAUUGUCGUAUGGAUGCUUAUAAUUGUUUAGAACAAUGGAUUGCUAAUAGUUCAAACUAUAAACAUAUUUUAAAGGACGGUAAAUUAGGUUAUCAUUAUACAGAUGAAAUGAAACGACAUGAUUAUAUUACACAGUUAUUUUUGGAGGCAGCUCGUACAGCACCAGGAGAAGAAAUGGAUGCAGAUGUUCAAGUUGGAUUAGGUGUUCUAUUUAAUAUGUCAGAAGAAUACGAUAAAGCAGUUGAUUGCUUUAAAGCAGCUCUCAUUAGUCGACCUUAUGAUUAUCAGUUAUGGAAUAAAGUAGGUGCUACUUUGGCUAAUUCACGAGAUAGUAUGGGUGCUAUUGAAAUGUACUUUAAUGCCCUUCAAAUCAAUCCUUCCUUUGUUCGAGCGAGAUAUAAUCUAGCCAUCAGUUGUAUGAAUUUAGGGCAACAUAGAGAAGCUGCUGAACAUCUUUUAACUGCACUUGAUCUACAACGUGCAGCUGCAAUGUCUGCUGGACAAGCAGCAAGAGCUGCUGAAAAGAGUAUUCUAGUGGAUGUGCCUAAUGGUACAAGUGAUGGUAUUUGGGAUAGUUUACGUUUAUUAAUGUACAUGAUGAGUCGUGAGGAUCUUGCUGCUGAAUGUGAUCAUCGUAAUUUAGAUGCUUUCCGUGGACAGUUUGAUUUUUAAUUUUUUGUAUUGUUAUUAUUUCUCUG